AGACACGACGCUGAAACCCAUUUGUCCGCAGAAAAUUACAGGAAACUCUCAACGCGACACGAGAAGCACGACGCGACACGGAAUAUCUGUAACCUUGGUGGUGCGAAUACCUUUAGCUUCAACGAUUUAUACGUCAUCCCAGAACAACGGGCACACAGAGCUCUUACAACAACUCCCUUGCUCAUGCGAUGAAUGCAAACGAGCUGUCAAAUCAGUUGACGGCCCUGUCCGACUCGCUCAAGACCACGAAUGCCCUUAUCAGUCGCCUCUCCAAACUUAGCUUCCAACCCGGCUCCGAACCACUUCAAGGCGAUAGCGUUGUGCGCAUUGAGCUUGCGCAGGAGAUUCACGACGGUCUGAAAGACUUAGAAGAGGAGCUAGAAUACCUCAAGCAGGAGGCCGAAGACUAUACCAACGAGGGCGGAUUGCAAAGGCGGCGGAAGAGCAAAGACGGAGAAGAAGUACGACUCAGCGCUCAGGUCGUCCGUCUGAGUGAGGAGCUCGUCCAUUCGCGACAGCAGUUCCGGAACGCACAGAUCAAAGCCAAGUUUGCGAGUGAGGAGGCGAAGAGGAAAGAGCGGGAGCUAUUGUUGGAAAGCUAUCGGAAAGAAGCUGAGCAGAUAGAGACCAGUGGUGGAGACCAGGGAACAGAAUCGCAGUCAACCACCGACCAGCUAUUCUCUGGCCGCAGCAAGAAGCCGCAGUUGAAACACUUGAAUAAAGACGAGAUUCUCGUCAACGCAUCUUCCGACGUGACAGCAGCUCUCCGACGCACACACGACCUACUUUCCACGGAACUUUCGAGAUCGCGAUUUGCGCAGGAGACAUUUGACGAGUCCACGGCGGCUCUUUCACAACUGGGCGAGGACUACAGCAAUCUCGACACAAUACUGAGCAAUAGCAGAAAUCUUCUCGGAACUCUUCUCAGAAGCCAAAAGAGCGACACCUGGUAUCUCGAAACCGCCUUCUACAUCCUCCUCACAACACUCUGCUGGCUCUUCUUCCGCCGUCUGCUCUACGGACCAUUCUUCAAACUUCCACUCUUCUUCUGGAGAGUCUUCACCUUCCUCGCCAACUGGACCAUCUUCAAACCCUUCUUGGGUUUCCUCUCCUUGACCGGCAUUCUGACUAGUCAGCCGGCCACCACACUAUCGCAAACAGUGAUAAGCUCCUCCUCUCGAGCUCCAUUGAUCGUUCAACCCAGUGCGUCUCGCGGCGCCCAGGCCUUCCCAAGCGACAUGCCCGACCAACCUGCAGCGGGCGUACGUGUCGGCGCGGGUGGAGCAGGAGCGAAAGCCGGCAAGAGCGGUGAGCUGCAAGGACAAGUUUCGGAAGCAAUCGGAAAGAUGGCAGAGGCGAGUGGAAAGACAGAAGACGAGGCGAAGCAAAAUGCCGAGGGCGAGAAAGAACUGCCGCGAAGAGGUGACGGCACGGUACUACAGGAGAGAGGUGAUGUGCCGAGAAAUCCGAAGAAGAGAACUUUCGACGUGGGCGUGGAGGAUGAGAAGCAGAAAGUCAAGAGAGAUGAAUUGUGA